AUGGCGACCAAGACCAAGUCGUUUGCCCUCAAUGGCGCCCACACGGCAGGUAUCUUUGCCGACAUGUCGGUUGACGGUCCUGUAAUCGGCACUCUGGUGGCCAUUGUCGAUAGGGCCAAGAACUUGCCCAACAGAAAGACGAUUGGCAAGCAGGACCCUUACUGUGCGGCGAGGCUAGGGAAGGAGGCCAAGAAGACAACGACGGACAUUCGAGGAGGCCAAACUCCCAAGUGGGACCAAGAGCUUCGAUUUACGGUUCACGAUUCGCCGGAUUACUACCAGCUUAAAAUAUCCGUUUUUACCGAUGACAAGAAGACUGACCUGGUUGGAGAGUCGUGGAUUGACCUGAAGGGCAUCAUUGUUCCAGGAGGCGGCCAGAACGAUAUGUGGCAAGGCUUGACUUGCAGAGGCAAAUACGCUGGCGAGAUCAGAGUUGAAAUCACAUUCUACGAUACCAGGCCAAGGCCUGAAAAACCCGUGGCCAAGCAAAGGCAGCAGACUGCCACCGAGCAAGAUGCUACAGGCUCCGCGAAGCCGAGGACGCCCGUCAAGAGACGACCGUUGCCGUCGGACCCUAUCACGGGAGAGGCACCCGUUACUCCCCCAGCCGCAGCCGUCCCACAGCCGGAACCCCAUCAAUAUCAAGCUACGCCUAGGUCACACAGCAAGUCUGCCGCGCAUCCUGGCUUGGUUUCCAGCCAGUCACCCCUCCAGUUUCUCGAGUACAGCACACCUCCCCACCCUCAAGGCAGCAGACAGCAGGCCGAUUACCAUACACCUUCACCACAUGCAGCCAACCGCCCUGGUCAUCGCUCUAGAGAGUUAUACGGCACUCCGACACGGUACCAAGACGAUCGCGGCCAUCAACAACGGGCUCAGCCAUCUCCUUACGACCAGUCAGAUCACCGUUCCGCCCAGGGCGCUUUUUCCGAGCUCCACGAGUUGCCUGAAGAGACGGGCGCACCCCCAUCUUUCGAAGACGAGGUCCCUCCACCGCCUCCGGCCCAUCGAUCUCGGCAAAACAGUGCCGGGCCAGAAGCUGCACAUCGCAGCUCGUACGACGUUUCGCCGCAAAAGUCUCCGAUGCCCAUGAGAAAGGAUGUCCUCAAGAGCGAGGCUCACAGACACUCGAUGGCGGCAUACCCCGGGCAGCCUGUAUUCAAGCCCUAUGACCCAUCAUUAUCAGCACCAAUUCCUGUCCCAUCCCGACAGGAAUCUCCUUCGUCGCGAUACCAGUCACAGAGCCCCGGUUAUAGCCCGCAGCACAGAUCUAUGCAGCCAACCGUUGAGGACGUCCCGGAGUCGCCCACGACGUCCCACUUACGAAGCCCUCGGGCAGCGAUGUACCAGAGCGAAAUGGCUUUUGACAGUCCUGCCGCCCAAAUACCUCAAAACGUGACGGCAUCUCCGGUAUACACAACCAAUAGGGACCACCACCAGGACUAUAGUGCUUAUCCUGUUUCGGUUUCACCUCUAUCUAUCCAGGACUCUUCGAAUAAUUCGUCUCAGGUGUCACACGCUUCGCACUCCAGUCACCAACCGCGAACUAGCAGGCAUAGCGACUUUGAUCCUGCUCACGUCCGAAACUCAUCCAGCCAUGGCACACCUGCGGUCCCGCCGUCUCUGUCUGCUGGAGUUGACUUGGCACUGUCACAGGAGUUUGCUGACCGGAGAUACGAGGACCGAGGCUACGAGGACCGCCGGUAUGAAAGCCGGUAUACUCAACCAGCCGCAACCCCCCCUCGAGGCCGCCAUCGAAGUGAGGGGCCGCCGUCCCACGCUGAUUCGCCACACACUCACACGCCUCAGUCCCACGACGGGCGUGCCAUGGUGACUUACAGCAGCCGACCUGAACCUUUGGCAACUAGGCCACGAAAUUCUCCAAGCCCGAAUCCCAAUCCCAGUCCACGGCACAACAUUCCCCGCAAAUCCGUGAGCCCGGCGCCCCCGCCGUCUGAGAAUAGAAGGCUGUCUGAUAUCCCUUUUGGGCCGGACUCGUACGACGCAUUCAACCCUGGCAUGGGCUCCCCUGGAGGUGCCGAGUCUUGCUUGGAGCGGAAGGACCCGAAUGGCAAGAUCAUAACCCAUGAUGGACGAGAAAUCGAUCCCUCUGAUCAUCUUCCCAUGGAGACGUGGGCUCCAGAGCCAGAGCCAAGGCGGAAGCAGGCAUCGCCGGAACCUCCUGCCAGGACGUCACCAUUAGGAGCGCAGCCGAUGCCCCCGAGUGGACGAAGACCUCUUCGAAUUGCUGCCCGAACAGAUCAGCAGCAGCAACUGCCGCAGCCUCCCUCCUAUAGCCAAGCGGCAGAUCCACGUACUUGUCCAGCUAGUGGCCGUCACCGUCUUCAGAAAAAGCCUCAAGCGUCUGGUACCCGCAACAGCCUUCCCCUGGCUGCAUCAAGCCCGCUGGCCCCAAUCUCUCCCGAUAAUCAUCAGGAGAGACAAGCACAGUAUACGCUCACGCGCGGAGCACGCACUGGCAGCCCAUAUGACUAUCCCAAUGAGAACCAUGCACCGCCACAUUACGGGCCAGGACCGCCAAUUCCUGCCAAGAUUCCGUUACCCAUAAUGAGCGGUGCGAAUGGCGGAGGGGAAUUGGCACUAAUGGAGGAGAUGCAACGAAUAGAUAUCGGCGCUGGCCGAUCCAGGAGACGAGGUGGAUAUUGA